AUUUCAUUUCAUAACUUCAGGAUUAGAGAAGGGUGGGUGACAGGGGUACAACUGACCUUGCACUCGUUUGUAGCCUAGCCCAACAUAACUCUCACCUGCUGGAACCUACUCGUUCAAAAAGAAAGUCAACUCAAGGGAAAAACCUGUAGGCUUUUCAAUACGUAAAGGACAUAACCAAUAAAUACAUUGUAUUAACUGAAGAAUGCUUUUGUUUGAUUGCUGGGGAUCAUAAGAAGGGUUACAGCAUAAAAAUAUAACACCAAUAAAGUGGAUCUGGGUGUGAUUGCAGAAAGAUUUUUGUCUCGAACGGGAGAAUUUUUCCUCUACCCCCCUCAAUCCUGAAUUUGUGAAAUUAAGAUAUCACUUCUGAAAUAUACUCAGAUGAGAAUAAACGCCCUAAAUCUUGAAACUUUAAAGCCCGAAUAAACGAAAUACCCAAUUAGUUAAUACCACAAAAACCUCUCUAAAAGUGAACCAAAAAUCAAAAUAUAUUUAAGUACCCAUAUAUAAUAAGUACGGUGUCCUGUAUAGUCGCGUUAAGUCUGUUUAGUGAUAAAAUAAAAUGGAUUCUGAACUGUCUUACAAAAGAAGAAACUUGGACUUGACGUCGAACAUUCAGAAUAGGACCUCAUUUUUAAUCGAAGACAUUUUGUACAGACAAGACGGACACGUAGUUUCGAAAACAAACUUUCCUCCCUUGAAAUCGUCGGUGUCGCUAGAAUCAGAAUAUAACGACAAAGCGUUUCAUCCUGUCAAAUCCAGCACGGAGAAGCGACCGUUGGAUGGAAAACUGUCCUACAGUUUCUUCCAUCAGCCCGGAAUUGUGCAAUCGCCGAUUGACGGUUGCGUUCAAAAUUUGCAGCCGUCGGACAAUAGAUACAUCCAGGUGAUGGGAGCAUUAGGAGCAUACCUAGGAGGUCCGUACAAGGGAAUCGCAGAGCAUCCUUAUUUUUUAACACAAGGUCUUCCGUUUCCACAUUCAUUCCUCGGAAAUUCAGCAAAUGAAAUGUCACUAAAUGCCUUGAAACACUGCAGAAGGAGGAAAGCCAGAACAGUAUUCAGCGAUCCUCAACUUACAGGUUUAGAGAAACGUUUUGCAGCCCAAAGGUAUCUUUCAACCCCGGAAAGGGUCGAAUUGGCAAGUGCUUUAAGCCUAAGCGAAACACAGGUGAAAACGUGGUUUCAAAACAGAAGAAUGAAGCACAAGAAACAAAUGCGAAAACUUCAAGAAGACAAAGCAUCACAACAAUCAGCUUCUUCCAUUGUCAAAUCGAUCGCGUCAGAAGAUUCAACAAGUUUCACAACAUUAUCACAUAAAAAAUCAGAUUCUCAAGAAUCGUCGUCGAAGCAACUUGAUUCCAUUGGUAGAGUAAAUACCACAGCAAACCGCAUCACCAACAACAACGGAAUUCAUGAAUCAGAUUCAAGCGAAUACGAUAGCGAUAUCGACAUUGUAGGUGAUGCAAAAUCGCUAGCGUUUUCGUACAGUGGUGCAUAGAGAACAACGCACGUGCUCCACCGUAUUUUCUGAGUCUCACAUACCCUACUGUCAUUUAUUACAUCAAUAAGUCAUACCGAUAUUUCUGCAAUACUUACUCGACGUAGUGUACAUACCUACUUAUGUGAAAAAAAGUAGUAAAUAAAUACGUAAAUGUUGGACAGUUUCUUUUAAUUUAGUUAAUCAUUUCUAAUUAACCUUAUCUAACUGCUGUUUUUAUGCUUUCGUGUAUGGUGUGAAUUGAAUGUGAAAUCUUUUCUCUUACAAAUAUUUUGUGGUGUUUACUAGCGAAACUAUCACUAAAAAGGUGCCAUCAAGAAGAAUGGCGGAAUGAAUAAUUCCAUGUUUUAGAGCAGAACAAUGUAGAUAGAUGUCUACAACUAACUUCACCUAACUUAUUUUCAUUUCAUCUUAACCUUUUAGAUUAAUCCCAAAGGUUAUAUAUGUAUUUAAGUUGUAUGUACCUGAAAGAAAAGGUUAGAAGCGUUUGAAA